AUGCAGUCUAUGCCACAGCUGCUUAGGCAAUCACUUCGGUCAAGCCUUCAACUCACAAGCACCUCCUCCCCCGUGCGAGCGCACUUCCGCUCUGCAUUCUCCGUCACCAGCUUGACUCCGCGGAGCUUCUCCGCCUGCGUACAAUGCCAAUUCCGCCGACAGCUAGGCUUACACUCGGUCUUUAAUGACCGGCAGAAGUUUUCCGCUGAUACCGAGAGGUUAAUCAGGGAAAAAGAGAAGGAAUUGGCCGAUCUGGAGCUCGCCUCGCGCGACCCGGUCCCCAUCCCAGGUUUGGAGGUGGGCAGUUCUCUCGAUUCGGUACCCCCUGUCACAGAGACCGAUCAGACCACCGUACAACCACAAACAAAGGAGAAUGAAAAGGACCAAUCAGCUCCACAAGAGGAAGAUGCUAGUGCUGCUGGUAUGAGGAGCGGAGGCCUGCCUUCUUACCUGGAAAGCCGUCGGUCCAAAUGGUCCAAGCAGUUCAGCACAGUGAUGGACAAUGUGCAAUCCAACCUUUUCGUAGCAGGCCAACGUUUAAAUGACUUCACUGGAUACUCCAGCAUCGAAGCUCUGAAGAAUGAUAUCCAGUUCCACGAGAACCGACUCCGUACCGUCCGAGAGAAGGUCAAGCAAGCAAAAGAAGACUACACUGCAGCGAUAAACCGCCGCUCAACCUCCCAACGUGAAGUAAACGAGCUCCUCCAACGCAAGCACGCCUGGUCCUCAACAGAUCUGGAGCGAUUCACUCUCCUCUACCGCAAUGACCACACAAACGAGGUUGCCGAGACCGAGACUUCGCACGCACUAUCGGCCGCAGAGCGCGAAGCCGAAGAAACAGCCGGCCAAUUGAGCAAGAGUAUCCUCUCGCGAUACCACGAGGAGCAAGUCUGGUCCGACAAGAUCCGCCGCAUGUCAACGUGGGGAACGUGGGGUUUGAUGGGUAUGAAUGUCCUGCUAUUUCUUGUUAUCCAAAUCCUCGUGGAGCCGUGGCGUCGGAAGCGACUCGUCAAGGGCUUCGAGGAUAAGGUGAUUGAAGCGUUGGAGAAGGAGAAAGUCCUGAACCGGGCUACGUUUACUGAGAACGUGGCUUCGACCUCGGCGCUGCCGACUACCACUACUAUCCUUCCCGAGGUUCUUGAUUCUACCGAUGAGAACUUAAUCGAGAUCGCUCCUUCUCUUUUGACUGAGCCGAAGCUUGCUACGGCGGAGAUAGAUGCAUCUGCUACUGGGUCUACUGUCUCGGUGACUGACGCUUCUGCCGCCCAGUCUCUCCAGACACGUCUCUUGAAGAUUACUACGCCCGUUCUGUCGCUCGAGUUCUGGAGGCAGGUGGCCAACGAGUUCUUCAGUAACCGCAGCAUUGUUGCCUCCCAAUGCGAUCUCACCAUUGUGGCUCUCCAGAGUGCUGCAGCUGGCGCAGCUGUGACAGGCCUACUCUUCGCCCUGAUCGGGUCUAGGUAA